AUGAGCGUAGAACAGUCUCCCAACCCGUCGAAUACGACGCCUGUCACCUUGCCCUCAAUCUCCAACCUUACCGCGUCUCUCACUGCCUCUGCCACCGAAUCAAGCUCCCCGUCGGUGUAUGCCCAGCUCAGAUCCCACGCAUCGUCCGCCUCGCUCUCUGGCGACCCGUUCAACCACUCAAACUCCUCCAGUCACAUCGACGUUCGAAAAGAGGUACAGCUUCCACCGCUGUCGGCGAUCCUGAACCCGGAGGUGGCGCAGCCGCCCCGCUCGCACGCAAACUCGUUCUCCGUCCCUGGCGGAUACAGACCCUCGUUCGAGGUGCCACCGGUUCCUUACCCGCACCACCCUGCAAGACACCACUCGUUCCCAACAUACCCCAUCGACACCAGCCCGACCCCCGUGUUCGAGCUCGGCUCUGCGGUCCACGAGGAGUCCCCCGAGCCCCAGCCAGACGACAAGGACCGCCGAAAGCGGGUUGUCAGAAAAAGAACGAGGACCGGCUGCCUCACGUGCAGACGCAGGCGCAUCAAGUGCGACGAACGCAAGCCUUUCUGCUACAACUGCGAAAAGUCCAGAAAAGUGUGCGCCGGAUACGAACAGGUUCCGUACGGCUCGCGAAGGUAUCGAUACAUGCCGCAGCCGAAACCCCAGGAAAUCCACAACGACCACGAAAUGCAGUCGUCUCCGAUCUCAGCCACAAGCCCGCCCAUGAACUUCCCGCGCCACCCGGACUCGUCGCUCGUGUCGCAGGCUCCGCGCCCCUCCGUGUUCCCGCUGGCCAAACACAACUCGUUUCCUCCCCAGCAGAUUCGUCCCUCCGUGGCUCCAUUUUAUCAGCCUUACGCACAGCCUGCUACCCAGUACUCGCCCCAAUACGGCGGCCGGCCCUUGAUCUACCCCCAGUACUCCGGCCAGCCGCAUCCCUCGCACCCGCAAUGA